GUUGUCUUUUAGCGAGCAAGUGCUGCAAAAUGUCAUUGUUAUUAUUUUUGAACUGAAGGAGUUGGCGCGUUUACUCUGCUAGUCUGUUUUGGUUCAGUUUGUGCACGUUAUAAAGGAAGGUUAGACAGCUGAUUGCUUGGAAAGAGCGCGCAGCACUACAACUCCCGUGCACUUCUGCUAGUUCUUUGUCAUGCGAAAGUAGUGUUGUGCUAUGCCUGAAUACCAGCUGUUCGUCCUUAAACUUGAGUCUUCGAUCUACAUCUAUCACCUAUUAGUCGCUUCAAAGCACGCAACAUGAUGUUAAAUGAUCCAUAGGAUUGGUUGCUGCCAUGCACUUGCCUUGAUCAGCUUGCCCCAAAUUGAGGUUAUUCAGAGUUUAAUGAGUGUCAGAGUGCAAACUUAUUGUCUUUCCUUUGGAGAGGCUGCAGUAUGCAUUCAAUGGAUGAGACAAUGGACACAUCAGAAGUAGCUAGUGUGUCGGAUGAAACAGAUCAUAGAAAUGAAGAAAGGAACACUUCACCAAUAUUGACCCGCCGCAUACAUCAGCGUCACAUGACACCAAGGGUUGUAACUUCUACUGGGUGGAUACAAGCCUUAUCCUCUAGGUCACAACGCCAUGGUACACCUAGAACUGGACCUUCCUCCAGCCGUCACAAUAUUCUUCAAACUGCUGAGACAUUUAAUCAAGAAGAUGCAGUGCCACCACCUGAAGUCACAGAUUCAAUCAUAAUUCAUCGACCAAUGGAAAUACAAGGAAACAUUUCUGAGGUUCAAGCAAUACCUCAAAGUUCUUCUCAUAUCAUUGAGCCCUCAGCCAUUGAAGGAAGUAAUUCUAAUCCCGGAACCUCUAAUAAUGACAACCCAUCUGAACCUGUGUCAGUGGAACAAGAUGAAAGCAACAAUGAGCAAGAAAUAAGAGCAAUUGAAGACCAAGAUGAGCAUCAAGACAGUGGAAGAGAUUCUGUGGAAGAAACAUCACGUGAUGGUUUGGAGGAUCAAGUUGCAGCUGUACCUUCUUCUUCUACAGGAGGUGAUGUUGAAAAUUUACCUCUUGCUCAACGAAUUCAAUCACCAGAACUUAUUCACCUUGAAGGAAGCCCUGAAAGAAAUCAACCCAGAAUAAAUCUUCCAGAGAGGAAUUCUCCUGAAAGGACACUUCCUCAAAGAAUAUCUCCUGAAAGACCCCCUGUGGCCCAAAUCUCUCCAGAAGUGCCUCCAGUUUCAACACCACCUGUUGGGAACUCACCUCGAAGGCAGGAAGCUUCUGAAAGGACUCCUCCUGAGAGAAGCCCUUUGGAGAGAAGUCCACCUUCAAAAAAGGCAAAGGUUGAAGCUGUAGCUGACAGUGAUGAAGAAGAAGAGGGCAAAUUAUGUCCAAUUUGCUUUGAUGCUUGGACAAACUCAGGUGAUCAUCGCCUUGUCUCCCUACGCUGUGGGCAUCUAUUUGGACAGCAUUGCAUCAAACACUGGCUAGAGAUACAUAAAGCAAGUGAUAGGAAAUGUCCUCAGUGUAAAAAGAAAGCAACCGUAAAGGAUAUUAGAGCACUAUAUGCCUCAAAAAUUCGUGUUCUGGAUACUAGUGAACAGGAAGCAUUAAAAGAAACCAUUAAGAAACUUGAAGAAGAAAAAGAGUUGCUUUCUCGUGAGCUUGCUCAUGAAAGAAAACUACACCAAGAUGCUGUUAAGACGCAGCAAGAGCAGCAGCUAAAACUACAACAGCUACAAAACCAAGGAAUUUUUUCCAAUUCUCUUCAAACUUUAGGAGCUACCUCUAAGGUAGUUGCAGCUGUGUCAGCGCAGAUUAAGAUUCAUCAAACGAACAGAGUUGAAGUUUCUCGGGAAGGAGGCUGUCGUGUUUUGGCCUAUAAUGAAUGGAAAAAUGUUUUGGUUGCCAGUCAACAAUCUAUCACCCCUCUGUUCCCUGAUUUUGGCAUCAGAUUGAUUGAUACAGAAGAAUUUCGUCUUCGUCAGUUAAUGCCUAUGCAUACCAAACCAAUUCGUGACCUGUCAUUUAAUCCUCACCGCAAAGAUUUACUAUUGACUGCGUCAUUGGAUAAAACUGCAAAGAUGUUUUGUAUGACAUCAAAUUCUUCUAUUUUGAGCUUCAAUGCAGAGGUCCCUUUGUGGAGCUGCUGUUGGGAUGGUAACAACUCCAAUAUCUUUUUUGCUGGAAGUCAGAAUGGUUUAACAUUUCAGUAUGACAUUCGAAACACUCAUACUGAGGUGAGCCGCAUUGCAACACAAGGUGAUGGCACUCCUGUAAUCUCUCUUGCUGCAAUUCCAGCAGGUUCAUGGUUACCUAAUGGAGGGUUUCUGUCAUGUCGUCUUAAUCGAUUAAGAGUAUAUGAGAGAAGUAGUAAUUCCGAAUUCAGAGCGUAUCCUCUGAACAUUGAUGGCCCAUUUUCAGCCUUAAACUAUGACCACAAAUCAAGUCACAUGCUAGUCUCUACGAGACCAACCUCACAAAAUCCACAUGUACAGCAUCAACUUUAUGAGAUGGGAUUUGCUGGGGCACAGCCACGGGCCAAUAUGGUUCAUUCCUUUGUUGGAAGCACCACACAGCGUGUUUUGUCAAGACCUUGUCAAUUGGAAAUUGAUGGUACUGUGAAAGAUACAUUAAUUUGUGCUCAUCAAGAAAGUGACAGUUAUGUGGCAAUCUGGAGUGUUUCUAGUGGACAGAAAGUUCCUGCCGGACCUCUUCACAGCCCAGAACAUAUAUUAGAUCUCUGCCCCUUGAAGGUCAAUAAUCGCACGUACCUUGCUUCUCUCUCUGAGAAGACAUUAAGAGUAUAUCAGUUCUCAUGAAGUUUCAUUUUAUUCAAUCCUUGAUGAUCUCUUAGACUGCUUAAUGGCACUCAUUGUUUGUUUGAGCGUAGUGACCUUGUGAUAAGCAACUGUAUUAUAUUUGCCAAACACUCGAUUUUUAUGAUAACAUGUUCGUAAGUUUCAAGCCAUGCAGAUGUUGGAUUUUAAAAAAGAACAAAAUUUUAAUGCAUGCUGUCUUUUUUUUCUUUUUUUUUUCUAUCUUUUAAAGGACAUUGUCUUUCAGGGUACUUUUCACAUUGCUUGUAUGACAUAAUUAAGUAUCUAAGCUAAGAAGUUGUUUUACUAUUGGCUGGCCUAAAGUUAUUUAUUUCUAAUCAGUUAAUAAUAGAGGUUCUUAUUAAGUACAAAAAUUGUGAGAAUGUACAAAAAAAUAAUUUUGGAAGUCAGUCAUAUAUUUUCCAUACCAAAUCUUCUAUAUUACUUGUAAUCAAAAACUAAUUUGCAUACAGUUUUAAACUUUGAUAAUUGUGUAGCCACAAAUAGAUAGUUGCUCACCAUUUCAGUGUUCUACAUGUGUAUUGUUAAGUGUCAUGUACCUGCCAUCCCAUUUGAAGUGCUUGUCAGCUGACAUAAGAAUGGAAAGAAACAACUGUACUUCAUGAUCUUAACACAUUUUAGUGUUGCUUAUUUUUGUAAGAGCAGAGCAAUAAACCUUUAUAUGAUUUGAACAA